UGGCCUGUAACGGAGUAGUGGUACAAACAUUUUUCUCAUCUUACAGCAAAGCUUGUCUCAUGGAGCCUAUUUAUAAGGAAUGUUACAGACGCAUGAAGGAGUUUACUUCAAACACAUCUGAGGAAGAUCUGGUCAAUCUCUACGCCAAAUGGGCUCCGACAUUUGACAAGCAUGCUGAUGAUACUGGUUAUAUUGGACCAAUAGUUGCAGCAGAACAGCUGCACGAAAAACUUGUUCAAUUUAAUUACAAUCAGGAUAUUGAAAUUCUGGAUCUUGGUUGUGGUUCUGGACUGGUGGGUGAACAUCUGCUCAACCUGGGAUAUAAGAAUGCAGACGGUAUUGACAUUAGUGAAGAAAUGUUGAAGGUUUCGGAGAGAAAAGGUGUUUACAGAUCACUUAAAAAGGAUCAUGGGAUCAGAUGGAUCAGCUGAGUUAGAGUAACCGCUGGACAUUACGAUGCAGUGAUGUGUUGGUGUUUUUGUCCUGGUCAUGUAAAGGAAAAGGAAUGGAGGAUUUUAUUCAUGUGUCAAGCAAGGAGGCGUAAUACUUUUACUAUUAAUGAAGUUGUACUGGACGAUCCUGGCUAUGAAUUUCAUGAAAAAAUAGAGGAAUUAACAAAAAGAAAGUGGAAGCCCAUUUCGAAAUAUUUUGAGCCAAGGUAUUUGAAGAGAGAGGUGCAAUAUAUACAUAUUCCAAAAACAAUGAAAAGUAUAGCAAGGUUUUUUGCAAGUCCAUUCAAUUUAUGAUUCUUUUUACUUUGUAAUCUAAAAGCAAUAAUAAUGUGAAUAUCUAAAGGCAUAAAGAGUAGCUAAACUGAACUGUAAUUUAGGCGUUUUUUACCAAUGAAUUCCGUUGUGCCAAAUGCUAUAUACAGGUGUAUUUACUACUUUCAAUAAUAAUUUUUUGUAAUGAAAAA